UGACAUUUCAAGGCAAGAAUGAAUAUAUGGAAGAAGAAACUUAUUUCUUCUUUACUAAUGAAAGGGAAAGCCUGGAAGUGAAUGAUAUGGUUAGGUUAAAAAAAAAAAAAAAACCUUUACGUAACUUUUUUGCUGGGAGAGAAGACUGCGAAGCACAUUUUCCAGGAAGUGUGGGCUGCGACGAUUGUGUGCUCUUAACUAAUCCUGAGUAAGGUGGCCACUUUGACAGUCUUCUCAUGCUGCCUCUGCCACCUUCUCAGUCAGAAGACAUCAUUUCAACUCUAACGCAGCAUGAUCGAAACAUACAGUCAACCUUCUCCCCGCUCUGUGGCCACUGGACCACCUGUCAGUAUGAAAAUUUUUAUGUAUUUACUUACAGUUUUUCUUAUCACCCAGAUGAUUGGGUCAGCGCUUUUUGCUGUGUAUCUUCACAGAAGAUUGGACAAGAUAGAAGACGAAAGGAAUCUUCAUGAAGAUUUUGUGUUCAUGAAAACGAUACAGAGAUGCAAUAAAGGAGAGGGGUCCUUAUCCUUACUGAACUGUGAGGAAAUUAGAAGCCGGUUUGAAGAAUUGGUCAAGGAUAUAAUGCAAAACAAAGAAGUAAAGAAGAAAGAAAAAAACUUUGAAAUGCACAAAGGUGAUCAGGAGCCUCAAAUAGCGGCACAUGUCAUCAGUGAGGCCAGUAGUAAAACAACCUCUGUUCUCCAGUGGGCCCCCAAAGGAUACUACACCCUAAGCACCAACCUGGUAACCCUCGAAAACGGGAAACAGCUGGCCGUGAAAAGACAAGGACUCUAUUACAUCUACACCCAAGUCACCUUCUGUUCCAAUCGGGAAACUUUGAGUCAAGCUCCAUUUAUAGCCAGCCUCUGCCUGAAGUCCCCAAGUGGAUCAGAGAGAAUCUUACUGAGAGCUGCAAACACCCACAGUUCUUCCAAACCAUGCGGGCAGCAAUCCAUUCACUUGGGAGGAGUCUUUGAAUUGCAACCGGGUGCUUCGGUGUUUGUCAACGUGACUGAUCCAAGUCAAGUGAGCCACGGGACCGGCUUCACAUCAUUUGGCUUACUCAAACUCUGAACGGUGUAAGCCGGCAGGCUGCGGCUGGGCUGAUGUUGGUGGUCUUCACAAUCCAGGAAAGCAGUUAAGACCACUCCCCCGUUGAACUGCCUAUUUAUAACCCUAGUAUCCUCCUGACGGAGAACUAUUUAUUAUACAUCCCAAGGCAUGUAGGGCUGCAAUGAGUAAAUUACUGGGCAGGGGAAACCUCAACAGGCCCUGAUCCAUAAGAGCUUAUAUUCUGAAGCAGCAACUCCACUGACACAGACAUUCAGAGUCCUGUGAAAAGACACCAUUAUGCACAGCUCGAAUUCUGAGUAAACAGCAGAAAAUUAGCCAAGUUUAGUUUUGUUUCUUUGCAUGCAGUGUCUUUCAGUGGAGGAUAUAUUUGAUUUCUCAGUGAAGAUGCCAAAGGGAAAUGGGGAGCUUCAGCUCACAUUAAAUCAUGGUGGAUUCUGGGUCCCCGGGGCCCUGGUGGAGGUGGGGCAGACUUUAGGAAGUAUAAGGCAGUAGAGAACCAAAACCCUGCCCCCACCAGCCACCCUGACACUCAUUCUCAUCCUCUCUUUCUCUCCUACACACACACACACACACAC